GAAGGGUACGUGGUCUUUAUUUCUUGGCUAAAGGCGAAUAUGACAUCACCUAGAGAAAGACGAUAAUAGUAAACUCUGUUCUUGGUUUUUGGUUUAAUCAAACCGAACCGGUAGCUGAGUGUCAAGUCAGCAAACAUCGCAAACCAUAUGUCAAUUCGUUAGAUUCCCGGUUUAAGUUGUAAACCGGUAUUUCAUUUGGUGAAAACCCUAGAAGCCAGCCACCCUUUUUAAUCUAAUUUUUGUAAACGAGAAGUCACCACACCUCUCCACUAAAACCCUGAACCUUACUGAGAGAAGCAGAGCGCAGCUCAAAGAACUAAUAAAACCAGAAGAUGAGACCACCACGUGGCGGCGGGAGCUUCAGGGGACGGGGAGGAAGAGAUGGCGGCGGACGCUUUGGUGGCGGCGGCGGACGUUUUGGUGGCGGCGGUGGACGCUUUGGUGGCGGCGGUGGACGCUUUGGUGGCGGUGGAUAUCGUGACGAAGGACCUCCCAGUGAAGUCAUUGAAGUUGCGACCUUUCUCCAUGCUUGUGAGGGUGAUGCUGUGACCAAGCUCUCUCAGGCGAAGAUCCCUUACUUCAAUGCCCCAAUCUACUUGGAAAACAAGACACAGAUUGGGAAAGUUGAUGAGAUCUUUGGUGCCAUUAACGAGUCUCUGUUUUCCAUCAAGAUGAUGGAAGGUAUUGUAGCUACCUCAUACGCUGAAGGGGAUAAGUUCUACAUCGACCCUGCUAAGCUAUUACCUCUAGCGAGAUUCCUUCCACAGCCAAAGGGACAAUCUACGGGAAGUCGUGGGAGAGGCAGAGGUGCUCCUAGGGGCCGUGGAGGAUUCUCUUCCAGAGGUGCUCCCAGGGGGCGUGGAGGAUUCGCCUCAAGAGGUGCUCCCAGGGGGCGUGGAGGAUUCAGAGGCCGAGGGAGAGGAGGAUACCAAUAAUCUAUCUAUUGUAGCCUUGGCUUGUAAUUUUUGCUUUUAAUCUUGGAUGAUGAAAAAUGCUUUUAAGAAACCAUGACAAUGAUAUGAUUGUUUUCCAGAUUCUAGUUUUUGUUAUUGUGGUUUAUCAAGUGAGUAAAAUGUUUUGAUCAGUUA